CACCAAUAUAUGCUAACCUUGCAAGUUUGAUGCGGGGUAAAUCUUCAGUCAACAUCUUCAUUCCCAGGCAGCUAGUCACGACUCAGGAUGCCCGGAACUAAGAUAGUUUUGACCCAAGGCGAGGACCCUGAUCCAGCUCCGUUCCUCUUUGUCUCAGCCGAGAUCAAGAAAAAAAUUGCAGAGAAAAAAUACGAUCCUAAAAGAUCCUGCUAUGUCCCCCACCCGGAGGAGAAGUUUAUGGAGGGAUUGAUUCAGGAGACGAACGGAGGGAAGGUUAAGGUUCAACUUCUCAAUGGAGAGACUCAUGAGUUCAAACAAGAACUUGUUACUCAGGUGAACCCCCCGAAGUACGACUGCUGCGAAGAUAUGUCUAACUUGACUUAUCUAAACGAUGCCUCUGUACUCUUUAAUCUCAAGCAGAGAUAUGUAGAGCGACUUAUUUAUACCUACUCUGGCUUGUUCUGUAUUGCUGUAAACCCGUACAAGAGGUUUCCUAUCUAUACCAUGAGGACUGUAGGCUUGUACCGUACUAAAAGGAGAAAUGAGGUUCCUCCUCAUAUCUUUGCCAUUGCUGAGGGAGCCUACCAUGCUAUGUGUAUGAAGAGUAAGAACCAGUCCAUUCUUAUUACUGGGGAGUCUGGUGCUGGUAAAACAGAAAACACGAAGAAAGUUAUUACAUACUUUGCUUUCGUCGGUUCCUCCGCUCCUGCUAAGAAACAGGCAGCGGUUGUAGAUACAGGAGCUAAGAAGAAGGCGUCCCUUGAGGACCAGGUUGUUCAAACCAAUCCUGUCAUGGAGGCCUUCGGUAAUGCUAAGACUGUGAGAAAUGACAACUCAUCAAGAUUUGGUAAGUUUAUCCGUGUGUGGUUUAACAACAUGGGUAGGAUGGCCGGAGGAGAUAUUGAGACCUAUCUUCUUGAGAAGUCUAGAGUAACCUACCAAUCACCCUGUGAAAGAUCUUAUCAUAUCUUCUACUUCCUGUGCACCCACAAGGUUGACCUCCAUGAGGUCUGUCUGUUGUCUGACAACAUAUACGAUUAUCCCUGUGUUUCAAUGGGAAAGGUUACUGUUGAGUCUAUUGAUGAUGCUGAAGAAAUGAUGAUUAUGGACGAAGCCUUUGAUAUCCUUGGGUUUACACAUGAGGAGAAGUUUGAUGUAUACAAAGUAUCUGCUUCUUGCAUGAUAUUCUCCAAGUUGGAAUACCAGGGAAUGGGUGAAGUUGCUUCUCCUAAAAAUCUUGAUGGUGGAACUAUUUUGAAUGACCUUCUUGGAUUUGCCAACAGCGGAGAGGAAAUCUAUGACAGAUUCAUCAAUCCAAAAUUCAAGGUUGGAACUGAAUGGGUUAACAAAACUCAGAAUGUGAACUCUGUUGUUGUUGCUACUGGCUCCAUCAUUAAGAAUAUCUUUGGCCGACUCUUUAGAUACCUUGUGGACAUGUGUAACAGCACACUUCUUGACCCAACUAUGAAGAAGGUCAACUUUAUUGGUGUCCUGGAUAUUGCUGGAUUUGAAAUUUUUGAGUUCAACACUUUUGAACAGCUUUGCAUCAACUUUGUGAAUGAAAAACUGCAACAGUUUUUUAACCAUCACAUGUUUGUGCUUGAACAAGAGGAGUACAUGAGAGAGGGAAUUCAGUGGGUGUCUGUUGACUUUGGCAUGGACUUGGCUGCAUGCAUUGAGCUGUUUGAAAAGCCUAUGGGAGUUUUACCUAUCCUUGAGGAAGAGACCAUCUACCCUAAAGCUUCUGAUCAAACAUUUGAGAUGAAACUUAAAGCUCAGCAUUUGGGAAAGCACAACAAUUUUGUUAAAGCAUGUUCCAAAACUGACAAGGAUGCUCACUUUGCUGUGGUUCAUUAUGCCGGAACUGUGUCAUACAAUGUCACUGGAUGGCUAGACAAAAACAGGGAUCCUGUCAAUGACACUGUUGUUGACCUUCUUAAGAAGUGUGCAAAAUGUAAGCUAGUCUGUGAGAUCUAUGCUGACCAUCCUGGACAGACCAAGGAAGAGGAAGAUCUUCCUCCCCCAGGACAUCGCCGUGGUAAGAAGAGAGUUGUUGUAAAGUCCAAGACUGCUGCUAAGAUGGCUAACUUUAAAACUGUCUGCUCCUACUUUAGAGAUCAGCUUAACAACUUGAUCAACAUGUUGAUGACCACUGAGCCAUCUUUUAUUCGUUGCAUUGUACCUAACAAUGUCAAGACGCCUGGCCUUGUUGAUCCUUUCCUUGUAAUGCACCAGCUUACCUGUAAUGGUGUACUGGAAGGAAUCCGUAUUUGCCGGAAAGGAUUUCCUAACAGAGUCAUCUACCUUGACUUUAGAACUAGGUAUGCAAUCCUGGCCCCAAAAGAAGCUCACAAGGCCAUGAAAAUGGUCAAGAGACCAGUUACUGAGGAAAAAAAGAACAUUGCAGCAACUCAUGCCGUCAUGGAUAAAAUCCAACUGGUUGGAGACAAAUUCCAAUAUGGUCAUACCAAGAUCUUCUUCCGUGCUGGUAUUCUUGGUCUUAUGGAGGAGCUUCGUGAUGACAGGGUGAAUGAUCUUGUUGCCAUGUUGCAGGGUGCAAUCCGGGCAUACUAUGCUAGAAGAAUUUACAAGAAGCUUUGGGAUCACAAAAUGGGUCUCCUUGUUGCUCAAAGAACCAUUCGUAAUUACAUGAUUGGAAAGAAAUGGCUUUGGUGGACCUUGUGGUUGGCUCUUAAGCCUGGACUUAAAUCUGGUAGAUUUGAAGAGUUCAAGACAGAUUUGGCAAAUAAAACCCUUUAUGCUCAAGAGCACUUGGAGGAAGUUAUCAAAGAAAAAGAAGAUGCUGAGAAGAAACAUGCUCGCCUAAUUGUAGAGGUUGAUGAAAUCAGGGUAUCCCUUGCUGGAGGAACUAAUGCUAAGCAAGAUCUGCUGGACAAAAUUGCUAAGCUUGAUGAUAUUAGAGGAGGGUUGCAAAAGGAAAUUCAAAUUCUCAAUCAGAGAAUUGCUGCUGAAAAUGAAAAUAUUGAAAAUCUUAAUGAAGCUCUAAAGAAAACAGAAAGCAAUCAAUCAUCUCUUGGACGGGAAAUGAGAGAAUGUGAAAGUCGCCUUGCACAGGUGCAAGAUGAAAAAGCUGAUAAAGAUGCUCAAAUCAAGCAAAUGAAAGAAGAAUGCCUUCACCAAGAAGAAUUGAUUAAUAAACUCAACAAAGAAAAGAAAACCAUUUGUGAAAGUAAGCUGAAGGAGGAAGAGCAGAUUCAAUCUUAUGAGGAUAAAUGCAAUCAUCUUAACAAAUUGAAGAUUCGCCUGGAAAAGAGCCUUGAUGAAGUUGAAGAUAGUUGGGAGCGAGAAAAGAAGCAUAAGGGAGACAUCGAAAAGAUGAAAAGGCAAGUAGAGGGUAACCUGAAGCUUACUCAGGAGACUGUUGUAGAUCUUGAAAGGAAUAAGAUUGAGCUUGGCCAAGUUUUGCAGCGCAAGGAGAAGGAAAACAGUUCAUUGAUGGGAAAAAUUGAGGAUGAGCAAACUCUUGGAGGUAAACUCAACACUCAAAUAAAAGAGCUGCAGGCCCGUCUUGAGGAACUUGAUGAAGAGCUUGAGGCAGAGCGCCAAGCUCGUGCCCGUGCUGACAAGGGUCGCGGAACUCUCAGGCGUGAACUGGAUGAACUCAAUGAAAAACUUGAAGAAACAGGAAGUAAUACAGCUGCUCAGAUUGCAUUGAACACAAGGAGGGAGGAAGAGCUGGCUAAGCUUAAGAUGGAGCUGGAUGAAGCCAAUAUUACCCAUGAAUCAACUCUUGCAAUGCUUAGGCAGAAGCACAAUGCUUCUAUUUCUGAAAUGGGAGAGCAGAUUGACCAGCUUAAUAAGCAGAAAGCUAAGGUUGAAAAGGAAAGGAAUGGAGUUGCUUUGGAACUUGAAGAGGUCCAGAACCAGCUUGCAAAUGAUCAAAAUGAAAGAUCAUCUCUGGAAAAACAAGGAAAGAUGAUUCAACAACAAAUCUAUGAUAAUCAAGGAAGACUCGAGGAGCUUCAAAGGGCUUUGCACGAGGCUGAUGGAUCAAAAAGGAAGCUUACAGUUGAAAACUGUGACCUUGUUCAUCAGUUUGAGGAGGCUGAGCGCAAUGCUGCUCAGUUCAGCAAGGACAGAACAAGUCUUACAACUCAACUGGAAGAUGCAAAGAGGCUGGCUGAUGCUGAGACAAGAGAGAGAAUAAAUCUUUUAGGAAAAAUGAGAAAUCUUCAACAUGAGCUUGAGGUAAUGAAGGAGCACUUGGAUGAAGAAUAUGAUGCCAAGCAGGAGGUUGAAAGACAACUUUCUAAAGCUUUUGCUGACAUCCAGUUAUGGAAAACCAGGUAUGAAACUGAAGGAGUUGCUCGCGCUGAGGAGAUUGAGAGAGACAAAGCCAAGGUUGCAGGACGUCUUGCGGAAGCUGAAGACACUAUUCAGUCUCUCCAGGAAAAGAUUGCCUCUCUUGAGAAGGCAAAGGCUAGGGCCAAGGCUGAGCUUGAUGACCUGACCUCUGAAUGUGAACGCCAUAACACAAAUGCAACAAUCAUUGAGAAGAGAGGCCGAAACUUUGAUAAGGUUGUCAAUGAAUGGCGUCUGAAAGCAGAAGAUCUUCAAAAUGAAAUCACUGCUAGUCAGACUGAAUGCAGAAAUUUCAGCUCUGAAUACUUCAGAAUUAAAUCUGCCAAUGAAGAAAUAUUGGAACAUCUUGAUACUGUGAAGAGGGAGAAUAAGAAUCUUGCAGAGGAAAUCAAGGACCUUCUUGAUCAGCUAGGUGAAGGUGGUAGAUCAAUGCAUGAGCUUGACAAAUCCCGCAGGAAGCUUGAGGUUGAGAAAGAAGAGCUACAGACUGGUCUAGAGGAAGCAGAAGCUGCUUUGGAGCAAGAAGAAAAUAAGGUGCUGAGAGCUCAACUUGAAAUGUCUCAAGUACGUCAAGAGAUUGAUAGAAGAAUUCAGGAGAAGGAGGAAGAGUUUGAGCACUCUAGAAAAAAUCACCAACGUGCUUUGGACUCAAUGCAAGCUUCACUGGAGGCUGAGGCAAGAGCCAAGGAAGAGGCUUUGAGGAUUAAGAAGAAAUAUGAGUCUGAUAUCAAUGAGAUGGAGAUUGCUCUUGAUCAUGCAAACAAGGCCCAUUCUGAAGCCAAAAAGGCAAUAAAGAGGACUCAUAUGCAACUAAGCGAUGUCAAUGCUGCCAUUGAAGAAGAGCGCAAGAUCAAAAAUGAAGUUCUGGAGCAACUUGGACUCACUGAAAGAAAGGCCAAUGCCAUGGGAGGAGAGCUGGAAGAGUCCAAAGCUCUUCUGGAGGCUGCCAUUCGGGGCCAAAGACAAGUUGAACAGGAACUUAUUGACACCCGUGAACAGGUUUCAGAUAUGAAUGGAAGCAACACUUCCUUGACCAAUGCCAAGAGGAAGCUUGAAAAUGACAUCCACCAAAUGCAGGCAGAUUUAGACAACAUGCUUGCAUCAUGCAAAAACUCUGAGGAAAAGGCCAAAAAAGCAAUGGUAGAUGCGGGACGUCUUGCUGAUGAACUCAGGUCUGAACAGGAUCAUGCUGCUGCUCAAGAAAAGGCUGCAAGAACCACUGAGGUAUCUUUGAGCGAAAUGCAGAAAAAGGCUGAGGAAGCUUCAUUUGCAAUGGCUCGUGGAGCUGCACAGAUGCCAGCUAAGCUUGAAGCACGUGCUCGAGAUAUUGAACUAGAGCUUAACCGCACUAUUCAACAAACUGAUGAGGUUCAUAAAAACAUCACCAAGGGAGAAAGAAGAGUAAAAGAACUCAUCUUCCAACAGGAAGAAAACAAGAAAAAUCAAGAUCGCAUUACAGAUCUUGUUGAAAAGCUCCAGCAGAAGAUUAAAUCUUACAAGAAGCAGAUUGAGGAGGCUGAGGAGAUUGCUGCAAUAAAUCUGGCAAAGUACAGAAAGGCGCAGCAGGACUUUGAAGAAGCUGAGGAGAGAUCUAAGCUUUGUGAAGCUAAUAUUCAGAAGUAUAGGUCCACCAGAGGAGCUUCCAUGACCCCUGGCCCAGUUUAAGAGUGUCAUGCCUAGUCAACCUGCUCCAUCGGCCAUCCUCUUCUUAGUUAAAGAGAUUUUAUUCUGUAGUUUGUAGCAUUAAAUGAGCAUCGGAAAGACAUACAGAGAAUUUUAAAACUAUAUAUUCUUUAAACCCCGCAACAGGACUAGGGCAUACUAAUCAUUGCUUGAAGGUAUUCUAAUUACCAUGACACUUGGGUCACAGGCACUUACUAAUAUUCUUGUUAUCCGAUAGGAUCACAGAAACUGUUGAAAUUUGAAAGCAAUUGCUCUGACACUUGGGUCAACAGAUUACAACAAUCUUCUCUGUAUGUUUUGUGUUCAUUGCAAAUCCGCGGCAAUUAUAAAAAAAAAAUAAAAAAAAUAAAUCUAGAAAUUAGAA